AUGCGUAAAAGCGGAUUGGUUGGGGGCGUUGGUUAUGGUGGUAUUGUUACUGGCUUCGGGGCGGUCGGUAACCGUUCCGCCGCCUUUGGGGCUGCUAGCGCUGCCAGCAACCGCGCCCAAUAUACGUACUUUUCAAAUUUAAAAUUUAAGCCGAACCAAUUUAUUAACGGCGUAUUCGGUAUUAAAUAA